GAAAAAUAUGUCUCACUGUUAUGACGUAUAAUUAAGGAAAACCCACGUUUUUAGCCACCUACAACCCCGGAAGAAAAUCUUGAAAUCUCCCAAAAAUUAUUUAUCGAGACGUGAAAAAUGUUCCCGAACGAUUUUAACUUACAGCGGAAUAAAUAUUCCUGUGUUAAAAACAUGGCGUGGUUAACCCCAGAAAAUCCCUCCAAAUUGUUUUUAAAUCCUUCCUUGACCACGGAUAAUCAGGUAUUCAAAUUUACGAAUCAAGCCACAACCGGAAAUGCGUCGCCAGUCAUAAAGAAUUUAUUUUGCUCAAUGAGACGAAAAGAAGAAUUUGAGUCAAAUCGCGCGCUACGAGUACCCGAUUUUGAUUGGCCCGGCCCAGAGGGUUCCUUCGAGUUUAUGUUCCGGCGAGUGACGUUCCAAGUUAUAGUGUAAACACGAUAUCUCUGAUGUAGGUCCAUUAGUUUGAUCGUUCUAUAAAAGGCUGAUUUUAUCUGCUCUGUCCUCGAUUCCUUCCUCUAUGAUGUAAUCUUCAUUUUAUAUAAUUUUUAACUUGUGUGAUAGUUAGGCUAAUUGUCGAGGUCACAAAAAACAUAUCGGGGAUCAAUACCUCUUUAUUCAAGUUGAAAAUACUUCUAGAUUUCACUAUGACCGAGGUUCUGAAUAUUCACCAUGAAGCUAUUGAAGAUUUUUAUGAUAUCGCCCAAGAAAUUGGAAGCGGGCAAUUCGCAGUCGUCAAGAAACUUUCAGAAAAAGCUUCUGGUAAAGAAUUUGCAGCUAAAUUCAUGAAGAAGAAAAGAGCGAAAUCUCUUCGACUAGGAAUGACUUCAGAGCAAAUCUUGCGCGAAGCAAACGUUCUUCGCUCUAUUAACCACAAAGGAAUCAUUUAUCUACACGAUAUUUUUGAGACUAAACUAGAGUUCAUACUGGUUCUUGAACUAUUAUCUGGAGGUGAACUUUUUGAAUUUUUGAGCGAGCAAGAAUAUUUAACAGAAGAUGAGGCUGUCGGAUUCUUGAAGCAAGUAAUCGAGGCGAUCGAGUACUUACAUCAACGCAGCAUCGUACACUUGGACAUUAAGCCAGAGAACAUAGUGCUUAAGAGUGAGGGCUCUACUCAAAUCAAGCUGAUAGAUUUUGGUUUAGCAAGGGAGCUGGCUAAAGGGGAGAUGGUUAGAGAAAUCAUGGGUACUCCAGAGUUUGUUGCUCCAGAAAUCAUUGCAUUUGAACCAGUUGGAACCGAGACAGACAUGUGGGCUAUUGGCGUGCUAACCUACAUCAUGUUAAGCGGCGCAUCCCCAUUCCUUGGCGACAGCGAUACAGAGACAUUCAAUAAUAUAUCUCACGUGGACUACGAGUUUGAUGACGAGUAUUUUAAGGACCUCAGUUCAUCCUCAAAAGAAUUCAUAUCAGACUUGUUGUUGAAGAAUCCUAGGGACAGAAUGAGCGCGGAAGAAUGUCUGAAACAUGAAUGGUUGCAGGAACAAGAUGAUAAUGUAGAUAGUCUUGCUACGAGCAAGUCUGAAGCAUCCAGGAGCGAAGCAAAGACAAGAAGAUCUACACUCAUCAAAACCGAAGCCUUUAAAAAGUUCACUGCACGUGCGCGAUGGCAGAAAUCUGUGAACAAAUUGAUCGCAAUCAGUCGAUUUGCUCUCCUUAGUAAGAAGAAUGGACCGCUGAACAAAGGAGUGCUUCUUCAGCCUACCGAGUCUGACACAUCCUCUGACACUGAAAACAAUAACGAGUCUCAAUCCAUACCACUUGACAGACUAGAAGACAGUGAUCGGGAGAGUACAGCAGAAUCGACUAACGACGACGAGUCCGAGUGCUUCACGGAUUCACCCAGAACUGCCGAUGAAAAAAGCGAAGAAAUUGCCAUAACAACUGAAAAUGGAUCGGAAAAUGAAAGGAAACGUCUUCAAGACAAAGAGAAUAAACUUAAUAACGAUGAAGAAAAGGAGCUAAUUAAUAAAAUAACGACUCCUGAAUCAAAGGAUUAUCCAAAGAGCAAAUCAAGUGAGGAGAUAUCGGAUAGUCUUAAGGAUGAAAAAGUGCUGGACCAGAACCAAUCUGAAAUUCGUAAGGAGCAGAAAAAACCAGAUCGGCAGGAGAAACCUGUUUUACCGGUUGCAAAGCCUGUACAACCCGUAUCGAAAUCAUUAGUGAAAGAAAAAGCAGAUCGGCAGGAGGAGAAACCUGUUUUACCGGUUGCGAAGCCUGUACAACCAGUAUCGAAAUCAUCAGUGAAAGAAAAACCUGAUUUACAGUUGAAAAAACCUGAUUUACCAGAACAUGUACAACCAGUGUCAAAGUCAUCAGAUGUGAAGACUGAUGCAAAACAGAGCGCCACUCAACUUAAAGUCACAACUGAAAGAAGGCGGUUUUAUGAGAACACCGGCGAUGUCAUGCAGAAAUCCUCACAGAUAAAAUCCAAGAUUAACGACAUCAGGAACGAACGAAAACAAGAAGACGCCAAGUCAAAGAGUAAAUUUUUGUUUCACGACAAAAACAAGGAGGACAAAGCGGCAAAGAAAUUAGAACCGACGAAAAUGAAAUCUGGGAAGUUUGAGAGUUUGUUAUCGAAGUUUUCAAAACCGCACGCCGCGAGCCAAGAAGAUUCGAAGAAGAAGAAAUACGCGAAGGAAGCGAGGAGAUUGACCAGUGGAAGUGUCAAGAAUAACAGGAUUAAAAACGAGUUCGAAUUCGAAGAACCUCGCACGAGAAGAAAAUCAGAUCAAAUGGGUUCAAGAAUAAAUUGGCAAGCCAUUCGGGGAGGGACGGACGAAAGGUUGAAGACGGCGGAGUCUCUUAAGACGAGCCAACAAACCAAGAGAAGUGAUGGUCUUGCACGAAGCAGUGAAUACCGCAGGGAGACGACUGGAAAAGCGGAAGGACUGACGCGAAUUACGACAUCAGAUGAUAAGACGAAGCUCAAGAGUACAACAUUAGAAAAACCCUCUGCUAUUGAAAAGACCCUAACAACGAGCGUCAUUAAAACCGAGAUUCCAAAAUCAACGUCGUCGAAGUCCUUUGAUAAUGGUGCCUUGAGGAACCAACGGGAUGAAAAACCCUUUGCUAUAGAAAAUACCCUAACUACGAGUGUCAUUAAAACCGAUAUUCCAAAUUUAACGUCGUCGAAGUCUUUUGAUAAUGGUGCCUUGAGGAACCAACAGGAUGAUGCUUCUGUUUGGGUCAGAAGAGCAACUACAAGUCUAAUCGAAGAGAGAAGUAAAGGUUUUCGAAGUAACAGAAGGGGCGUACUAGGAUUAAGCCACACUUCUGCUAAAGCCGAGGUGAUGAAGUGGGAACAACGUCAGAACAAUGAGGUAGAUUCUUCUCCCAGAAGGCCGAGAUCAUCACCUUUGAAGCCUAUGACAGACAGACCCCUCGUAAGGGAGUGGCAGAAGACUAGUACUUCAGUACACAAUACGACAGUGACGGUGAAUACAAAAGACACACGGAAAGUACCUUCCGUUGAACUGGGUACCGCUGUAAAAGAUAAGGAACAUACUCUACUCGUUCAAACAUCCCCUCCACCUAUUUCAGAAUCCCAAAGUGAAGUGUUUAAAAAGCGGAAAGAUUCAGGUACUAACGUCAAAACUGAAGAACGUAAAGUUAACCACUCGGAAACCCAUGGGAAUGAAAAGCCAUUGGUGGAGAACGCGGGAAAAUACAGAAAUGUGGUGGAGAACCCACAAAACGAAUCCCGAAAAACGGAAAAUAAAAGUUCCAAACAUAAAAAAGAUAAAGAACGAAGCGAAAUUAAAACAGAAAUUCAAUCUGGAAACACUUCUGCUUUUCCAGAAUUCGAUUUGACAUUUCAAAAAAUUGUCCCUGUGGAGAAUGAUGCUGAAUUACCGGUAGAAGAUGAUGAUUUCAUUUGGGUGAUGACGUCAGAGACAAACCCAAACCUAGAGUUAUUGGUAUCUCCGACUAAAAAAUCAAAAAGUCAUUCCAAAGUGUCGAGAAGAAGAAGUACCAAAUCGAGCGAGGCAGACACGGAGCCUUCAGUACGUGAAAACAGCGGUGGCAGACGAAGAAGUACCAAAUCAAGCGAGGCAGAUACUGAGCCUUCUGCCCAUGUGGACAGCGGCAGAGGACGAAGAAGUACCAAAUCGAGCGAGGCAGACACGGGUCCUUCAGUGACUGUGGACAGCGGCAGGAGACGAAGAAGUACCAAAUCGAGCGAGGCAGACACGGAGCCUUCAGUACGUGAGAACAGCGAUGGUAGACGAAGAAGUAUCAAAUCGAGCGAGGCAGACACGGAGCCUUCAGUGACUGUGGACAGCGGCAGGAGACGAAGAAGUACCAAAUCGAACGAGGCAGACACGGAACCUUCAGUACUCGAAAACAGCGGUGGCAGACGAAGGAGUGCAAAAUCGUUUGAGGUGGAAAAUGAAACUGCAGUUUUUGAGAGCAGCAGUAGUACAAGAAAUAAAAACACAAGCGUAGUAGAAGUUGUGCCUACAGUACGAUUGGCCAGCGGGAAUACCAAAUUAAUUGAUGAUGCGUCUUCAGACACACCUUUGCAAGUCAAAACGAUUCCAAUGACGUCGGGUGUAACAACCGUCAACUUUGAAAUCAAUACGGGAAAAUUUAAGCUAAAGUAAACUAGCUAACUUAAGGACAGAUAUUUUUUUWAACGUAUAAUUGUUUCCUCAUAUUCUUAUUAUGAUAUACUAGACUGGUACCGUGAAAAAUUCACGACUUAUCAAAGACUGUCUUGUUCUAGACAGCAUUAUUUUGAUCACCAUCUUGAUAUAUUGGUCACGCGAAGAAAAAGCACGAGAGUAUCGUCGAAGCAACAAACAUGGCGGCGUUGUAAGCUGACAUAAGCGUGCGAUUUUCUCGAAAUUCCCAAAAGUAAAUCGUUUCAAAUGAAAACCAAAUUGCGCAAUUCCUCGCCUGUAAUGUAGAAAAGGCGUGGAUUUGAUAUUUUCUUGCUUGGCCAUUCUUCUGUGAUUGGAGGAAAACGCUUCUCUCUUGCGCUAUUAUAUAUAUAUAUAUAUAAUUAUGGGAAAGGCGGAUUGGCUUUGUAAGCUGUGCGAUAGUGCUAUGCUUUUGGAACAAGAUAUAUAACCUACGCUGGAGUGAGCGUUACUUGAGUUUGUUGUCCAAGCAGCACCAAAUCGUAACAAAUUCGCUGUCCCGGAAAAGCUUAGUUAUCCAGUCUGCUAUUUUCCACUUAUGACAUAUAGGAAUGUUAUACACUUAUUUCAAUAAAGUUAGUCACCUGAAAAGCUAUAAAGCUGAGGCCGACCAGGAUUAUGGGUAGAUUCAUUUUACACGUUCAACCGCUUGACAACUGUCCAUGGACUUGUGAAUCUUUUACCGGUUACAGUCUCACCUCUUCUGAGCAUCAUCGAGCUGCAAGUUGUAUUAAAAAAGCUUUGUAUAUAUAUGCUUUUUUGAUAUGAAAAGUUUCCCAUGAUGCUCAGUGAUCUUAGCUUUCUAGGUUUUUGGUGACUAACUUUAAUGAAAUAAGUGUAUUCAUCGAAUAAGAAGCGCACAAACGAUUUUGGGUUGGUAACUUUUAGAAUACCAGCUUCGUAUUUAGCAAAGCCACACGAGUAAAUACAAUUAUCUAGCGUAAGAAGAAUUAUAAUAAACCAAAAUAUUUAUAGAUAAAUAUUUAAGUUGAAUGAUAGCUUAAAGUAAUGUUGAUAUUUAAUUAAUAAGUAUUUCAAGAUUAACUAGUGCCCAGACUUCACACUGUCCAUUUAUUGAGUGUAGCCUGGAGAGCAAAUUGGUUAGGAUUUUUUUAUUGAAAACUAAAAAUUCUUAUUUUGUCAAUUUUAUAAAGUAUUAUUUUAUCUCGUCAGACGAUAAUAUUUAAGAGCACAACCCUUUAUCUCUAUCUUUCAAUAAAAUAACUGCAUUAUGCAUUAUUACUUGUG